AUGGCUAUGGCCAAGAAGGCACGGCAGAGGAUAAGUUAUGUCUUACCACUUGCGAAUUCUCCGGGCGGACAUAGAUUAGGUGUGAAUGGUUUAGCCGUGGAUAGAGGCCGAGAUGGUGCUAUUUGCGCCUGGGAUUUAAAUCUUGAUCUGCGAGCGAAAGAAUCCUACCCCGAGGACUCAUUCGACGGACUAUCCUCCGAAUCCAAACCAAAGUCUGCGACCACAUUCAGAGCGCAAACCCAAGCACAUACACAUUGGGUUAAUGACGUAGUACUUGCGAAAAAUAAUACGGCGCUGGUGAGCGCAUCGAGCGAUUUGACUGUGAGGGUUUGGAGACCUUUGGAGAGGGACAGUGAACCGGUGACAAUUGGUCAACAUGCGGAUUAUGUGAAAUGUUUAGCCAGUCCUGACAAUAACGCAAACUGGGUUGCGUCGGGUGGUCUGGAUCGACGAAUUUGUCUCUGGGAUUUGAAUGGGGCCGGCAAACAACUCGAGAUUGAAGUGGGAGAUGAGGAUACUUCUGAGAAAGGAUCGAUAUAUGCGCUGAGCACAGGAAGCCAUAUACUGGCGGCUGGAGGACCGGAAUCUAUUGUGCGACUAUGGGAUUCGCGGACUGGAAAGAGAAUUACGAAGUUUGUGGGUCAUACGGAUAAUGUUAGGGAUAUAUUGAUUAAUGAAGCGGGCGAUAUGAUUAUGACUGCGAGUUCGGAUCAGACAGUUAAGGUUUGGAGUAUGACGGCUGGAAGAUGUAUGCAUACGCUCACUAUGCAUAAUGAUAGUGUUUGGUCGUUAUUUUCCGAGGAUCCAUCACUGGGCGUUUUUUACAGUAGUGAUCGUUCCGGGCUAGUAGCUAAGACGGACAUCAGAGGUACAAUGGGAGAAUUAGAUGAUGGAAUUUCGCUGGCGCUUGCGCAAGAGAAUGAUGGUGUCACUAGAGUUAUUGCUUCCGGGGAGCAUAUCUGGACGGCGACGUCGAGUUCCUCUAUUAAUCGAUGGGCAGAUGUCGAUACUGGAUCAGACAUACAAUUGCCGGAAGCUUACCAACGCCAUCGUGCUUCUAGCUCGAUGUCGAGACCCAGGGGGGCGUCGCCCCCCGUCACCAAUGGACAAACUAAGAAAGAGAUUCCUCUAAAAUCAAUCUUGAGGAUAUCAAACACGGUCAGAUUUCCGGCAUCAACUGUAAGAGAAUCGGAUUCUGUCACUAAUUUCUCGAUGAUGAGUGGUGGGAGGAAAACUUCUGAGCCAAUUGUGGAUCCGGACUUUGGACUUGUUGUGCCAAUACAUACAUUACCUGAAGAAACUAUUGAGGGACAACACGGUUUAGUGAAGCACAAGCUUUUGAAUGACCGUAGGAGAGUUUUGACUCUGGAUACUGCUGGAGAUGUGUUAUUAUGGGAUCUUCUCAAAUGCAUGCCUGUCCAAUCUUUCGGAAAAUGCCAUCUCGAAGAUAUAGAGCCGGAAGUCAAUACUAUGGAAGCUGUGGCGCCUUGGUGUUCGCUGGAUACUAGAACUGGUCGGUUAGCUGUUGUUUUAGAGGAGUAUAAUUGCUUCGAUGCAGAGAUGUAUGCGGACGAAUUGAAAGUAGAAGAUGUUGUCGAGUUUAGAGACGAUCAGCGAAUAAAUCUUGGCAAGUGGAUAUUACGAUACAUUUUUUCUAGACUGGUUGAUGAACAUAUUAAAAAGGAUGAGGCCUUCCGCACCGAGCUCAACGAAACUAUCAAAGCAAAACAAGACACCUAUCCACCGAACUCAAUCAAUAUACCCCCUUCCUCCAUAACUACCUGGGAUGAACAAGGAAGCUUGACUCCUCGAGCAAAUGGAAACAAUUAUCCUGCCAUGACCCCUGGAAUGGGUAUUGGAAUUGCUACCCCUGCACCUGGAAGUCACCUACCUUCUGUAUCUGAAGAUGGUGGACCUUUAGAUAAGAGAGGAUCACAAGCAAGCCGGAGCUCAGCAGAAAAACCAGACUACUUUGGAACCUCAGCAAUUACAAGCGACCCUCCUAGACAACCAGCUGUAAUAAGCAGCGACGGUCAAGAAGUCCCUAAAUCUUUAGCGGUAGAUCCAGAAAAGGAAAAUAACGUCAAAGAUAGCAGCACAUCGUUUGGCAAGAAAUUUCGAAAGGGUAUGUCUUUUGGGACUAAGAAACUAGGUCGUUCUUCCUCUACUACCAUAGAUAAACCGAUCGUAUUAGACGAUAACAAAGACAAAGCCACAGACGAAGGAUCUGAAUCUUCUGAAGCCGGUGACAAAUUUCCGGUCGAAAAGGAAGUCGCAGAUAAUUUCAAUGGAGUAAUACAGAAGAUUCGAAAUGAAUACGAUAGAUUAAUUGCGGAAACCCCGUCUCGAGAGGUUGAGAGUGGUAUCAUGCCUAGUUUGUCGAAUGAGACGCCUGUGCUGAAGAUCCCUGGUGGAACUACGGUCAUUAUCCAGGAAGAGACAAGUGGUGGUGUUAAAGAUCUGUAUAGAGGUAGUGUAGAGACAGUAGGCGAAGAUGCAGAUUUUAUUGGCGAGAGAGCUCCGAUGUGGUUGGGUGAUUUACUCCUGAAGAAUAAAACUCCACUUAAAGAUCCCGUCAAAGUCUCAUUCAUCCUUCAACCCUACCAAGAUCUACUUCCCUCCAUCGCGGGCCCAGAUGGCAAUGCGAGACUCAAUGCAAAUCGUAUGUUGAGGGUUAAGAAGAUUCUGGCGUAUGUGGCGGAGAGAAUUGAACCCUUGGGUGAGCAGCCAGAUCCGAAGGAUUGCAAACCCGAAGACUAUUUGGAGUUAUUCUGUUAUGAGCAGAAACUCCCAAUAUCAAUGUCCCUCGCCACCCUUCGCGCACACAUUUGGAAGGGCGGCGCGGAUGUAAUGCUGUAUUAUAAGAGUAAUGGAAAGAGGAGUAUUAAAUAUGAAAGGGUAGUUGAGGAAGCUAGAGAAGCUAGGGAGGCGGAGCACAAUGUUGGUAAUGUUGGAAUUGGAAUUACUGGAGCUGGAGCUGGAGCUGGAGCUGCGGCUCCUAGUGGCAGAACUACUUCUUAUGUCGGUCCGUAG